AUGGUGUCUGCAGGGCGCCAGCGCGCAGUGGCACAUUAUGUUGCUUUGGUUGGAAGCGGCGAAGCGCUGCCAUUGGGUCUUCAGCGCGAUUGUGGGCAAGUGUGCCACGCAGCGCGACCGCCUGACGCAGCUGGAUGCGGCCGGCCAGCCUUGAUGUGUUUGUCAAUCGUCUCCACUCUUGGCUCAUCUUUGCUGCCCGCUGUGGGGAGUUUUACGACCUCUAUCGUCGCAUGUCCCAGUGUCUGCAGGCGGCUUCGUUUGCAGCAAACUUUCGCGUUUCCCAAACUGUUCAUUCUCGCAGUUUCUGGUAUGCUGGCGAAAUGCACGCCAACUGUGGGUGUAGCCCAGACGACCACUGGAAGACUCCCUCGAGUCCAAUGA